AUCCCUCCUUUUAAUUCAACCCACCCAUUAUCUUAUACAGUAGCACUAUUUCCUCCUUCCUCCACAAGUUUUAGACUGACUACGGAGACUUCUUUCCAACUGCUUCUCAUUAAUUGAUACACAAAGAAGAUACACUACUCACUAGCGUGUGUAUAUAUAUAUUUCUAUAUACCCAAUUCUCGUGUUCCUCUCUCCUCAAAGAUUUACCUGAUUUUGAAUCUACAGAGUCGAGUCGGUUCGCUUCAAUGUUGGAAACCAGACCAGAUUCAUCACCAUUUGACCACCCUUCUCAAACUUUCGCUGGUGUACGUUUUGUCCUCCUCGGAUUCGAUCCAAUCGAUGACAACAAGGUUCGUUUUAAACUUGUUAAUGGUGGCGGGAUUGAUGUUGGUCAGUAUAAUCCGAAUUGCACACACGUUAUUGUUGACAAGCUCGUUUAUGAUGAUCCUAUAUGUGUCGCGGCUCGAAGAGAUGAAAAGACACUAGUCACAGCCUUAUGGGUUGAUCAUAGUUUUGAUAUUGGAAUGCCUGUUGAUCCCACAGCUAUUUUGUACCAACCUGUAAGAGAUUUGAAUGGAAUUCCCGGUGCAAAAUCUCUAAUAGUUUGCUUGACUGGAUACCAACGGCAAUGUCGAGACGACAUUAUGACAAUGGUUGGCCUGAUGGGUGCACACUUCUCCAAGCCCUUGGUAGCAAACACAGUUACUCACCUUAUAUGCUACAAAUUUGAGGGGGAGAAGUAUGAGCUUGCCAAGAAAAUAAAAAGGAUAAAGCUUGUUAAUCAUCGGUGGCUGGAAGACUGUUUAAAUGCUUGGGAAAUUGUUCCAGAAGAUAGUUAUGAUAAGAGUGGCUACGAGUUAGAGAUGAUGGAGGCUGAAGCUAAAGAUUCUGAAGAAGAAGCAGAAGACAGUCAAGACAUCGCAAAAAAGCUACGUAGAGAGAAUCAAAUCAAUGCAAGCCCUCCUAAUUUGCAAAUUGGAAUGUCAAGAGCGAAUCAAUCUCCCGUAUUAAAAGGGGAGGGUUCAAGGAACCUGCUAAAUACAAGUGCAUCUAAAAGCUUGUCAAAUGUUGACAAUACUAAUGACAUGGUAUUAGCCACUGGAAAGACGAUCACAUCUGAUCAAGCUGCUGCUUUGAAUGAACCACAUGACAGAACUCCAGUUUCUGCCAAGGCUGGAUUCGACUUGCCUUGUACUUCUGGAAGUGCCAAGAAGUCUCCUCCUUCUGAUGUAGCGAAGUUAAGUGCUAUUAGUUACUCAAGGAAAACUAUAAGGAGUACCACACUUCCCAUGUACUCGGGAGAAAUGGAAAGCAAUUUAAGUAGCUUACCAAAAAUAAAUAUGGAAAAAUCCAAUGUCAUGGAUGGUUUUGACCUCUCUUCCUCCAAAGCAGAACAAGAUAAGGAUGGAAGUGGAACUGAUUUUCGUCGUGUCAGAACCACUCUGAAGGGAACUGGCCUAACCUACGAAGAGGGAAAAAUUGGCACUUUGCCUGAAAAGAGGAAGCUGGAUGUUUCUUGUGUUACCUCCAAAUUACAGAAGACGAGGCACAGUCCAGAAGCAUUCAUAUCUAAAGGUCUACACGUGAGCGAUGGAGCUGAAGUGUCGGAACCUGCAUCUUUGUUAGAUGGCCCAUUUGAGGUAAGUAAUCAUCUUUCUCCUGGCAGUAAUGCCCAUUAUAUGGACGGAACUGCUGCUCCGAGUUUUUCGAAUUCUUCUGUCAACUUGUCAACACCAAAGACCUCGAGUUAUACCAGGAGCUCAUUGCCUCACGAUAUGCCGAUUUCUAAAAUUGACAUCUCAGAGAUUAGGCAAGGUAGCAAUGUGGUGGAGGCAUCUCGAGUGUCCUUUGCCGGAUUAAAAAGGACCAGCUUGGCUGGCAAGCCUGAGACCACAGAUGUUACGAGUAAGGUAGAACAUGCUAUGAAUGAAGUUUGGGGGCCACAGAAUGAACUGCAAGAUAUUGAGGUCCCAUCUGCCAGAACCAAAAGCUUAGAGAUUGAGAAAUCCAAUAGUCCUGCUAACUUGGACUUGCGCAAAGGAGUAAAUUCUGACUCACUUUCAAAACCACUUAGGAGAAAGACGGUUGCCAAGAAGAAUUUGGGUUCUAGACCAAAGUUAGGUACAGGUAAUUCUACAAAUGAGAAAGGUCCUAUUUACUUAAAUCAAACUGCCUCCCAAAUGGAUGCUGUAACCUGUUCGAGUGGAGGGGAAAAGACUGCAGGUCGUAAGGAGUUUGUUAAUUCUGAGAAGGUUGAGACGGUCACUCCAAAUGUUACCGUGGGUACAGCAACAGGGACUGGGACAAAUAAUGUCUCAAAACCUGACAAUGAGGCUAAUACCAUAUCCAUGGAUGAUGAAACUGAAGCUCCAGAGGAGAAAGAUGAUCAUCAGUUAGAGGCUUCAGUUAAUGAAGAGAAGUCUGGAAAGGUUGAACCAGCACAUAUGGUAGAUAUAGUGAUGGGAGAGAAAUCAGGUGAGGAUCUUGUAACAAAUCAAACCAAACGUAAAGUUUUGGGUUUGCAUGAUUGUGCAAUGACUUCAGAUGAAAAUGAAAGUGGAACUGGAUUUGAAAAGGCAGUUUGUGCGCAGAGGAUCAAGCUGGGUGAAUCAACCCGUAAGGACAGUGCUGUAAAAGGGAAAAUAAUUAAAGGGAAAAAACAUCCAUCAAGUAAAACAAAGAAAAAGUCUCUUCCUACUGCAACAGAGAUAAGGUCAUCAAAUGAAAGAAUCAAUAGGGAUAACGCCAAUAAUGAAAAAAGUAAGGAGAAGAUUGAAAUUAAAAAAGAGAAAAUUAUUCCAUAUCCAGCAAGGAAAACCAAGAAAAGUCUACCUGUUUUCAGGUCAGAUAACUCUGUGGAGGUGGAGAAGGAGAAGGAGAAGGAGAAUAGGCCUAUUGAUAUUGGAGGUCAAAAUGUCAGUCAUGGGGAACAGCAGGAUGGGAAAUUAGCUUCAAAAUCUAAUAGGACACCUAUGAAGAUUGAUCUGAAGUCUGGUCAGACUUGUCGAGAAAGAGUUCCAAAAGUGAAAGUUGAACCAGUGUGGUUCAUACUAAGUGGGCACAGGCUACAAAGAAAGGAGUUCCAGCAGGUUAUUAGGCGUUUGAAAGGAAGGGUUUGCAGAGAUUCUCAUCAAUGGUCGUAUCAGGCAACACACUUCAUUGUACCAGAUCCAAUAAAGAGAACAGAAAAGUUCUUUGCUGCUGCGGCAUCCGGAAGGUGGAUUCUGAAGACUGAUUAUUUAACUGCUAGCAGUCAAGCAGGAAGAUUCUUGGUGGAGGAGCCCUAUGAAUGGCACCAGAACAGCCUAAGUGAGGACGGAUCAAUUAACUUAGAGGCCCCAAGGAAGUGGCGUCUAUUGAGGGAGAAAACAGGUCAUGGUGCCUUCCACGGAAUGCGUAUUAUCAUAUAUGGAGAAUGCAUUGCUCCUCCUCUGGAUACUCUAAAACGUGUAGUGAAGGCUGGAGAUGGGGCCAUAUUAGCAACUUCUCCCCCUUACACCCGGUACCUCAAAUCUGGGGUUGACUUUGCCAUUGUAAGUCCGGGCAUGCCGCGUGUUGAUAUGUGGGUACAAGAGUUCUUACAACAUGAGAUACCAUGUGUCGUGGCUGAUUACUUGGUGGAGUAUGUGUGCAAGCCUGGGUAUUCGCUUGAGAGACAUGUGCAAUACAACACUCACACUUGGGCAGAGAGGUCAUUUGCUAAUAUGCUAAGCCGGUCAGAAGAGAUUGUUGAGGAGCAGACACCACCCGAAGAUGAUGGUAUUAAUGAUGUACCGUGUCAAGUCUGCGGGUCUCGUGACAGAGGAGAAGUAAUGCUGAUUUGUGGUGAUGAAAGUGGUGGUGUUGGGUGUGGUGUUGGUAUGCAUAUUGAUUGUUGCGAUCCUCCACUUGAAGAGGUUCCGGAGGAAGAGUGGUUCUGCCCAAAGUGUAGCAAUAACAGAAAGAGUGUGAAUGUUUGUGCUGGCAAGAGUAUCAAGAAGAAGACAAGGAGAAAGUGAAUUUGGUCUGUUGUAAUCCUUUUUGGGUUUUGUAGAAGGUACGGUGUCAUCUCAAAUUUGUACAUUCAGUUGUGUAGACAUAAACAUUAGAAGAGUUGCAUGAACCUCCUAAGAGUUAACAACAGGAACCUCUUUGUGGUGGAGCAAGUGAUUUUGCUGUGUUGGUAUUUUUGGUAUUCUGUGUUUGUACGUUAAGUUGUAACAUAUAUCAUUGAAGUUCAUUACAAGAAUAGGUGCUGCACCUAUAUAUUGCAA